AUGUCUUCUUUUGAUACUGCAAACGAGCGCGUCGGCCAGAUUGCAGCGCACUUGGCCAAGGUGGGCCCUUCGCUUAAGGACAAAGUAUGCAUUGUCACAGGCGCUAACUCAAUUCGGGGCAUUGGUCGUGCUUCUGUAUACGCUCUAGCUAAACGUGGCCCCAAAGCGAUUUUCGCCACGGAUCUACAAGACGAGAAUCUCAAAGAACUUGCUCGAGACAUUGAAAAACAGAACCCGGGGGUUAUUUGUAUUGCUCGCACGGUAGAUGCAGCAUCUACUGCUGGAGUUACUGGAGUAAUCAAUGAAGCAAUGGAGAAGUUUGGGCGGCUCGACGUGUUUUUCGCCAAUGCAGGUAUAUCCACCCCUUAUGCGCGACUACAAGAUGAAACCGAAGCAUCCUUUAUGAAAAUCUUGCGUGUGAACUCCUUGAGCGCGUUUUUGGCUCUUAAAUUUGCUGGCACGGCCAUGCAAGAAACUGGAAAAGGUGGUAAAGAGUUUUCAGGAGGAUCGAUUAUUUGUACAGCUUCGGUCGCUGGUCUUCGCUCAGGUGCUCCACCAGAAUAUUCUGCAUCGAAAGCAGCAGUCAUUAACUUGUGCCAAACCAGUGCAUACCAGUAUGCUGGAACGAAUGUGCGCACCAAUGCCAUCCUUCCAGGUUUCACCGAGACCGGAAUGACAUCACCGCUCAUGGAUUUCGCUAAAUCAAGAGGCACUACGCAUAAACUUGGUCAACUUAAUCCUCUGAAGCGUUACGCUGUUCCUGCGGAGGUUGCUACACUCGUUGCUUUCUUAGCCAGUGAGGAGGCAUCUUAUAUCAAUGGACAGGCUUUUGCUGUAGACGGCGGCCUCUCUUCCAGCCUCCCAGUCAUUCCAGGUCGCUUUAGAUAA